AUUAAUGAAUUCAUCUGCUAAUUUUCUUAUUCGGUAGAAACGUCUCACUGAAUUUCAUUGUUACGACGAAAAAGGGUACAACAAACUGAGAAAUAUACACGCAUGCGCACACAAACUAACCCUUUCAAAGCCGCGUCGUAUUCGUGUUAUUCGCUGUGGGAUUCGAUGGACACCGUGAUAGGUUUGUUAAAAUGAUUUUCUAUCACUUCCACGGCGAGAGAUUUUUAAUGGGAGAUUUAUUCGUAUUUAAAUCUGAUCGAGACUGCCUCCGUUAGACGGUAGGAAAUAUCUUAAAAUAACUAACGCGUCGCGGUCGUAUUGCACAUGACACGAGGAACGUUGCAUAUUCAAUGACCGCUGAAAAAAUCAAUUAAUCGAUUUGUCGUGUUUAUUUUGCACUCGGUGAACUCUGUCACGUGAGCGUGCAUACGCGUAUCCGUGCAGAAAUAAAACAAUCUUUUUUUACUGUACCUAUUAUCUGUCCUGCUGAUCACUGUUUCCUACGGUUGUUCGCGCGAGUAACACUUUUAACAUCGAAUAUCCAAGAGUUAACGAUCACACUGAACUGGACACUGGUGACAUAACACGCGCAUGCGUCCUAUCAGUUUCAUCGAACGGUGUACGACUUAGGUUAGGACCAAACCGAGAGAUGGGGCGACCAAUUGUAUCAUUCGAAUGCCGGCUACGCAGUACGCAUAGGAAAUAUUCUCACACGUGCGAAACCUCGCAAUCGUGCCAGCCGGACUGACGAAUAAAUGUUAUUUUUGCGGCGAUCGGCGUAACACAGUGAACCUGCGUGCACCGUUGGACGGCCGGCGGAGGACAAUGGGAAAUCGAUAUGGCUUGGAUAUGGUACGUGUCACUCGGGACCGGUGCGGCCGUGUGCGUGUCGUCUAGGCUCGCUAUAAAUUCCAAGUGUUUCCCCGUGGCCAGUCACGUGGCUGAGCGGCUAGUGAUUCGGGGGAGUCCCUUUCGUUGAUACGGACCAGUACUCCGUUGCCUCUGUGCCCGACCGGCCGAAGAACACAAGUGUCCGACCGGUGCGAACGGUUGUCGCUCGGAGAUCGGGACGCGACCGACGGCGGGACCGCGGCACGUAUGUGUGUGUGAGAGAGAGGACCGACGACGGUGGUCCAGGUCGAUGUGCACAACCCCCGAGGAACGCACGGAAACUACACGUCCGUCGGCGGUGGUUCCAGUGGAGGAGGAGUUCAUAUGGAAUGGCAUCGCGCGGACCGUCGCCGACGACGUUGCCAAUCGCGAUAGCGAUGGCCGUCGCGAUGUCGCUCGUGGCGAACGGCCUCUGCCCGACCCAAUGCCGCUGCGACGACGAUAGCCUGCGCGCGUCCUGCGCGUACGCGGGCCUCGAGGUGGUGCCGAUCCAACUGAACCCGGACAUCAAGCACCUGGACCUGUCCAACAACCGCGUCGGCAACAUCCACCUGACGUUCGGCUUCUACUGCAACCUGGAGACGCUGGACCUGACGUCGAACAACAUACACACGCUGGGCUCGGACAACUUCGUCUUUCAGAAGAACCUCCUCACGCUGAACGUGAGCAACAACGCGAUCCGAGCGCUGGCCAAGAACUCCCUGCAGGGGAUGGACUCGCUGAGGGUCCUGAACCUGGCCAGCAACAACAUCUCCGACAUGGACGAGCUGGCGUUCAAGAGCACCAGCGAGCUGGAGGUGCUGGACCUCAGCGACAACUCGAUCACCAGCCUGCCAGAGGGACUACUGAAGAAUCUACACAGGAUCCGCACGCUGAUCCUCAACGAGAACUCCUUGCUAGAGAUCCCAACCAGGAACCUAGCGUUAGCGCCCAGCCUGGAGAACCUCGACCUGUCGGACAACCUGAUCCAAGAGCUGAACAGAGACUCGUUGCCCUCGCUACCCUCCUUAGUCUCCUUAGACCUGGCCAACAACGUGAUCAGGAACAUCGCCGACGACGCGUUCGACCGUCUGCCCGACCUCCUGCGGCUAGACCUCUCCGGCAACAACCUGACGUCCGUGCCCACGGCGGCUCUAGCUAGGCUGAACGUCCUCUCGCACCUGGUGCUCAGCAGGAACCCCCUAGGUGUCCUGGACGCGGCUGGCUUCCGUAACCUCUACGAACUCAGGGUCCUAGAGCUGAACGACUGCGCGAUCGCCGCGGUGCACGCUAGAGCGUUCGCCGAUAACGUGAACCUGGAGCGGAUCUCGAUGGACGGGAACAGAGGGCUGAAGGAGCUGCCGGCCAGAGUGCUGUACGGCGCGAGGUACCUCAAGUGGGUGUCCCUGCGACGCUGCAGCCUGUCCACCCUCCAGCCGACGCAGUUCCCGGUGGACGGCCUGUCCUCGCUGCGCGUCGGCGGGAACCCCCUGGUCUGCAACUGCUCGGUGCACUGGCUGUGGAACGUGAUCAGGGCGGAGGAGCGGCGCAACGAGUCGCGGCUCGAGCUGGACACGAACGACAUCGUCUGCGCGGACGAGGAGUUCUCGGGCAAGCCGUUGAUCGCGCUGUCCGAGGGCUCUCUGCGCUGCCGGCUCAGCCCGCUUUAUCUCUCGCUCUCCGCGGCCGGAUGCCUCGCCGCGACUGCUACCAUUCUCGCGCUGAUAGCGCACCUCACCCGCUCGAAGAGGAAGAAGCGUCUCGCCUACGCGGCGCCGAACAGGCCCGAGUUCCUGGUGUACGUCGGCAGGAACAACGACGAGCUGGACAAGAACGCCGAGUCCUACAGCAGGAGGCUGCUGGCAAGGAACGAGGACACCACCCCGUACGACACUCCGCGCGGCAAGAUCGGCCAGAGGAGCCCGCAGUCGCAGGACACGAACAUCUACGAGACGCCCAGGUACACGAGGAGCGGCAACAAUCGCGCGGCGAACGAGCCGUACGCCAGGCAGACGGAAGAGGGCGUGUACGCGGUCGCGGACGUGACCGAUCUGCGCGACGAGCCGCCGGAAGUGCUGUCGCUCUAUCGCAUGCACGGCCCGGCCGCCCCCGUCGCGCCCAGGCCGAACGUCCACCGGGUCGACUACGGUUACGACUACGACUACGAUUACGAUUACGAACCGCCGAUCCCCGAGAAACCGCACGUCGUGUUCGUCUGAACGAAUACCGAGGAAGGUCUCCGCUCGACGCCGGAGCGCCGCCGAGGACAACGCCGUGUAACCGGCGAGAAUGGGGCGUAACGAGGGCUCCGGCGGACGGUCCAAGAUUGCGGGGAAGCGGAGAUCGAUAUGUAAUCCGUGUUUCACCGGGGAUUACCAAAGAAAUUCUGGAGCGCCGCUAGCGAUGGGACUGAACGCAUCGAGUUAGGGGAUGCUCGAAUGUUUAACCUUUUAGGCGCGCUGAAGUGGGUACAGUACUUGGGAAGAGUUCGGAAUGAUAAAUUAUAAUUUCUUUGUAUAUGUGAAUUGACCACGAAAGCGACUAUAGCGUUCCAUAACAAUAUAUCGGAAGGCCACUAUAGUGGCGUACCGUAAUAAUCGAUGCCAUCUGCGGAAGCCAUAGUACCGUACCUAGGUCAACGCGAAUUUUUGCAUUUUUCAAUGGAAAUGGAAUUCGUAGAUUUGAGAAUUUUCAUUCGGUAGACGAAGCAAGUUUUCUAAAUGGUAAUGAAGAAAUUCAUGCUCCGUUUCGCGCAAUUUCCGGCUGUAACGCCGGACGAUCCGCAAUUAUCAUUCCGGCGUCGGAUCCGAUCGAACGAACGUUAUUCGCCGGAGAUGGUAACGAAGAACGGAACCGUCUCUUUGCCUCGGAGUAUUAAUCGAAUCGAACGGAACGAGUCCCGGGGACACCGAGCCAAUUGAUAUUCAUGAGUGCGUAAUGGUCUCGGUCCCAUCGCUAGUUGUCGCGAUCGCGGGGACAGGAAAGUUGGGAUUUAAUGAGGAUCUGUUCUGACUGAUUGCCCGAGAUCGGCCGUGAUAAGGUAAUCCUACAGCUUCGCCGAAAGUAUCGAUUCCCGAGGCCAACGCGCGACGGUGCGGAGGCCCGCGUCGCAUUCCCGUGUACGUAUCUCGCGAUUAAUCGAGGAGACACGGCCGACGAUCGAGGGCGGAUCUCACGGCGAAAGAUUAACGCGCUCGCUGCCACCUGGGAAAUGUCAGUAGCGUGUCGCGCGACAGCGAUUCCUGUUCUUAUCGGAGAACGCUCCAGUCCGAAUGAAAACCAUCGCUUUCCGACUACGGCUCGCGCGGAUGAUCAAGGUAAUGGCCGAUCGGACAGCGACGUUCGAUCUCGCGAUUGCGAAUGCGCGACGGUGAU